AGAAAUGGCAUAUACUUUUGCCACAAAGUUUUACAGUAGAAGGUUGAUUAGGAAAACCACUUUUGAACUGAUGUGAGUCAAACAGAGGGAAGGAGAAUCUCUGAAGAAUUACAUGAGCCGGUUCAACGAUGAAGUCCUCGAAGUCAGCUCAUUCAACCAAGCCGUGGGAAUUGCGGCUGUAAUUCAAGGUCUCCAGCACGAGAGAUUUAGAGAUAGCUUAAUCAAGCAUCCUACUGCUACUUUUAAUGAAGUCAACGACAGAUCGUUGAAAUUCAUAAUUACUGAGGAAUAUGCCUUAUCACAGAAACCAAUUCUUCCCAAGAAUCAAAAUCCAAAUUGGAGAGAUGAGGGUCAAAGCAGAAAGCGGAUGAAGACAACGCAAAACCGAGGUCCGAUGUCGACCUCUAUAGUGAGAUUCGGAAAGCCGAACUCACUACCCCCUCAGCAAAAUAUUAGUAAAGCACCAGUUACCUGGAUCUCUUUCAAUUUGCCGAGGUCGCAGAUAUUCAUGCAGAUCAAGAAUAAGAUCGACUUAAGGCAACCAAGACCAAUGAGAAGUUUCGCUGCUACACGUGAUCAUACUAGAUACUAUGAUUUUCAUCAAGAUCAUGGUCAUACAACGGAGCAAUGUAAUAGCCUAAGGUAUGAGUUGGAAAGUCUAGCUCAAAAGGGAAUGCUGAAUGAAUACAUCCAGAGAUUCGAGCAAUCGAAGUUUGGGAGUGCACCAAAUAUUAUGUACUUUCACUGUUUUGAGAGUCUUGGGCUAGAUCCAUCUUUGUUGCAGAGGUACGAUGGUCCCAUCUAUGGAUUUAACAACCAACCUACUCAAGUAGAAGGAGUCCUUAUUUUCAAUGUUGCUUUUGGGAGUGGCCGAGCUUAUGUUACCUUUUCAAAUCGGUUUCUAGUUGUCAAAAUGGCAUCCUUUUUCAAUGCUGUUAUUGGCCAACCCACAUUAACCGAGAUCCGAGCUGUGGUCUCUCAAUCUCACCUUUACAUGAAGUUCCCAACUCCCAUGGGGAUAUCAACACUACGAGGUAACCAGGAGGUGUCUAGACAUUGCUACAUUACCUCAGUUACAAGGCCUCAGAAAGGCAAAGAUCAGACACCAGAAACCAUUCCCCAACAGGUUCAUGAUAGUCAACAGGUAAUGGGAGUUGAGAUAGUAGACAACCGACCUGAAGAUGAAACCAGAGCUACCCUAGUUAAGGAUGUAGAAGAAGUUCAAAUUGAUGACAGAGAUCCAAACAGGAAAACACAAAUUGGAACUCGGACCUCAGCAGACAUGCCAAGGAUCCCAACCUCGGUUAUAAAAGAAGAGGUAGAGAAUCUCCUACAAGCUGGUUUCGUCAGAAGAGUUGAUUACUGUGAAUGGGUGGCUAACCCGGUGUUGGUCAAAAAGGCAAAUGGCAAAUGGCAAAUGUGCAUCGACUACACAAAUCUCAACCAAGCUUGUCCCAAAGACUGCUAUCCAAUGCCAAGCAUUGACAAAUUGGUUGAAGCGGCUUUUGGAAAUGAGAGAUUAAGUCUCUUAGAUGUAUAUUCUGGUUACCACCUUGUGCCGAUGGCUCUAGAAGAUGAAGAGAAAAUCUCGUUCUAUACAGUUGAUGAAAUUUACUGUUAUGUCAUGAUGCCAUUUGGCUUAAAGAAUGCAGUGAAGAGCCUGAAAGUAGAAUACCAUCCAGCUUAUCUCGAUGAAACAUUCAACAACCUCAAAAAGAACAGGAUGCAGUUAAACCCAGCCAAAUGCAUCUUCAAUUGUUUAAAUCCCUACGAAACUGAGUAUGCACUUCGGGAGGUGUACGAAGGUGUAUGUGGAAGCCACAUUGGUGCUAGAACCCUGGCUCACAAAGUCCUUAGGCAAGGAUAUUACUGGCCAAAUAUGUACAAAGAUGCUACUCACUUUGUUCAGAGAUGCCUGAAGUGCCAAUUCUUCGCACAUUUGACUCACCAACCAGCAGAAGAGCUCACGAACUUGGUAGCACUGUGGCCUUUUGCUCAGUGGGGACUUGAUCUUUUGGGCCCAUUCAUGAAAGGGAUUGGAGGUGUAACCCAUCUGAUUGUUGGAGUUGAUUAUUUUACGAAAUGGGUUGAAGCUCAGCCAUUAUCCAGUCUUACCUCCAGAAAGGUCAAAGACUUUGUUUUUGGCUCGAUUAUCUACAGAUAUGCGAUCCCAAACCCGAUUGUGGCCGACAAUGGAAUAAAGCCGAGGUUGGAGCAACACAAGGCCAGGUGGGCAGACGAGCUCAACAACAUCCUUUGGGCAUAUAGAACUAUGUGCCGUACUGCCACAGGUGAAACAUCCUAUCACCUGGCCUUUGGUACCGAAGCAGUCAUUCCUAUUGAAAUAGGAGUCCCAAGUUUCAAGGUAACCCAUGUCGAUGAAGGACGAAAUGGACAACUGCUUCGAGAAAACCUUGAUCUGCUUGCCGAAGCUGGCCUAACAAGGUUUGAAACUCGUUUUGGCAAACUGGCCCCGAACUGGGAAGGCCCUUACACAGUGGCCGAAGUGCUGCAUCUUGGUGCCUAUAUCCUCCAAGAUGCUGAAGGGAAGUGAAUUCCUAGAGUCUGGAAUGUCAAUAACUUGAAGAAAUUUUACCUUUAAUAAAAUUCUUUCAAGUGAUCUUCAUAUUAUUCUUCUUUAUAAUUAUUACUUCUUCAUUUCUGAGAUUCAUUUCAUCUGUUAUUCUGUAUAUCCGAGGUCAAUCUGUCUAGACUCUAUUCCUUGGACUGUAUUUUUAUUAAUGAAUCUCACUUCACAUC